CUCAUUUUCUCAUUUUCAAAAGAAACGAAAAAGAUUUUAAACUUGUAACAAAGUCUAUUCACCCCCCCUCUAGACUUUGUAUUUCACCACUUUGGGACCACCAAUUGGUAUCGGAGCGGUCUUCUCACUAUCUACAUUUAGAUUAACGAGAAGCGAUCAAAAUGGUGAACAAUAUGGAUCACGGUUUGCCCAAGUUUUCUCUUCUAGGUUAUGAUGAUUGGAAGAUCAUGAUGGAAGCACAGCUUUACGCUCUACAUGAUUGCAUGUGGAUGGUGCUUGAGGAUGGACCCUUGAAAAUCCAAAUGGAGAAUCCUGAGAGAAAUCCAGCAACUCUAGACGUAGUCCAGUACAUUCCAAAGCCCAAGGAAAAAUGGGAUGAUAGAGAUUGCAAAAAGCACAAUCUGGAUAACGUCGCCAAAGCAGCCAUCUUCAAAACACUUGACCCCAUCACCUUCUUCAAAAUUAAGCACCUCAAGACUGCCAUGGAGAUAUGGCAAGGUCUUGGGAAGCUAUGUGAGGGUUCAGAGGACUUGAGAAAGCAGAAGAUAGAAGUCCUGCUUGAGAAGUUCAAAAGCUUCAAAAUGCUUCCCGGAGAAUCAUUUGAUAUGCUGGAUGAAAGAUUCCACAAAAUCUUGAAUGAUCUUGCAUCACUUAACCAUGUUCUUUCUCCCAAAGAAAAGAAUGUAAGGUUGCUGAGAUCUCUUCCAACUGAGUGGUACACCAAAGCCACAGCCAUGGAAGAAGGAAGAAAUCUGGAGAACUACACUGUUCAAGGUCUUUUUGAUGAGCUCAGAACCUAUGAGCACGAGCUGAAGAAGAAGAAGGAGGAACAAGUCACUCCCUUCUCCACGGCACUGAUGACAACUCCAAGAGUCCCAUCAAGUGAAGGGACAUGCCCAAGGAACUGUGACACACCCUCCUCCAGCCAGCCGUCAAGUUCAAAAAUGGAGAACUACGAUGAGGAAUUUGCCAUGAUGGUCAAGCAAUUCCGAAAGUUCAAAAAGUUCUUCAAGAAAGCUGACUCAGUCAGAAGGCCAUCCAAGGGAAAGCCACAGGUAAGUGACUCUCCUCCUGAAUCUUAUUUGUGUUACAAUUGCAGGAAGCCCGGCCACUGGAAGUCAGCGUGCCCGUACCCAAAAGUGGAGAAGUACGGAGAAAGAGAAAGGAACGAGAAGAAAAAGAAGGCAAUGGUUGCUGCUGAAAGUGACGAGUCAUCCAGCUCAAGCUCGGAUGAAGAAGCUCUCGUCUGCAUGGAGCGCAGAGCUGAAAAGUCCAACCAUGAGGAUAGGUGGACCAUGUCAGAAGAUGACACUCUCUGCCUAAUGGCCAAAGAUGAUGCUGAUCAAGAGGUAACCUCACAAACCUCCUGCUCAUCUUCUUAUGAAAGCAUACCAACUUCUGAAAAUCUUUUUGACCAGUUCAAAAAGAUGAUGAAAGACUUUGAGGAGAUAAAUCUCAAACAUUCUUCCUUAACAGAGGAGAACAAACUAUUGAGUGAAGAGAAUCUCAAGUUGACUGAAGGUCGGAAAAGUCAACUGAAUGAGAUCACUCAACUCAAGACUGAAAAUGAAUCUCUCUCUGAAAAGGUGAAAUCCCUUAACAAAGAACUAGGGACUCUUAAGUCAAAAGAGGCAGUGGAUAAGCUUCUUGAAACGACCAAACAUAAGGGUCGUGAAGGACUUGGCAAGUGCUUUGUGUUAAACAACGGGAAGAAUCAUCUGAACACUUUUGAUGAGAAAUCAGAUGAGGCCAUCUUCCUAGGAUACUCCAUGGUGAGCAAGGCAUUCAGAGUCUUCAACAAAAGAACCAUGAUCACUGAAGAGUCAAUACAUGUCAUUUUUGAUGAAAAACAUGUGGUUGACAAACCAUCAAAGCAUGAUCAUGAGGUUCUGGAUCUAUCAGACAAGGAUGAAGAAGUCAAUGAAGGAGAUAGAAUGAAGCCCACGGAGUUCAUUCCAUUCAGAAGUCUACCACUGAAGACUUCACAGAGAAAUCCGGAUUCAGAUAGUGCUGAGCCUUCCGAAAAUUUUGGCCAGCCUUCCAACAUUCCGGAUCUCUCAAACGGUGACAAUUCCGGAAAUGUUAAAGGGAAAAAGUAUGAAGCCAGAUACUGGCUAUACUACUUAUCCUCCAAAGGAGAAAACAGAGCUAGUGCUAGUUCCACUGCAGAGAAAAGCUCAUCAGAUAAUGUCCCACUCAUCCAUAUGGCAAAGACUGCCAAAAGGAAGCAAGUGGUGUCUCCCUCCAUUAGUAUUGAAGCACCACAGAACCUUGCUCUGGUCAGUGUGGAAGAAGCAGAAGAAGUCUCUAUUCAAGGAGAACUUCAAAGGAAGAAGAGGAAACUCUCCUCUCCCUCAACAUCUGAAUAUGUCAACUCGGAUAAGUUGAAGGAGAAGGAACCUGCUGAGGAAACCUCUGCCCAAAACCGGAGUCCUCAACAACUUGAAGAAGAAAUCCCUCAAGUCCAAAGCCUUCCAACCCCCUCACCUCAACCUCAAAUGGAUGAUGCUGAUAACCAAUUCUGGCAGCUCUACUAUGAUUGGAGAGCAUGGAAAGUUGGAAAUUCAGCAAAGCAACUGAUGGAUUGGGACCAACAGCUGAAGAAUGAGAAGAUCAUCAAGAAAUGCUUAGGAAUACCAGUCAACCAUAGCUAUGAAGAAAUCUUGGACGACUAUUGGGUAUGGCAAAGGAACCAUGAAGACCUGCAUCUGGAAUACCUAGCCAACUCACCAAAUUCAGAAUUUGAAGUAGAUGAUGAAGAUCCUUCAGUCUACAAACGAGUCUUCUCUAAAACCACAGAAGAACAGGUGGUUCUCACUUCUAAAGCACAAGCUGUUUUGGAAGCAACAACUGAGGACUUCCAAACAUUUCCGGAAACCUCACCUGCCUUUGAAACGGAAACCUCACCUGCUCUUCAGGAAAUCUCACAUGCUUCUGAAAUGGUUCUGACUGAAGCUGUCCAAGAGAAGGCAACCUCUCCCCCACUAGAACAGAACCACAAAACAGCAGAAGAAGAAGAAUUUCAGCAACUGGGUCAAUCUCAAGUUUUUGAGAUUCUUACAACUGAAUGUGAGAUCCCCAAUCCUACUGAAAUUGAGAUCCCGGAGAAGUUAGUAGAAAUUCCGGAACAGUCAGCUCUUCAAGAAACAAUGGAGCAAGCUGUUGAAGCGCAAAGGAAUUCUGGAGAAGCUAAAAAGGAAACUCAAAUGGCAGAACUAGAGGUCUCUCAAACUCCAGUAGCCAUUUUUGAAGAACAGAAUGCAACUAAAGAAAGAGACUCCCUCUCUAGGGAUAUAUCAGAUUUUGUGCUUGAUGAAGCAGAAGGAGAGUCUGAAAGAACACUGAAGGUUACUGAUGAAGAAGAUGUACAAGAAGAUGCUGAAUCUCUUCCAAUGCAACUCUUCCAAAGAACACCAUCCUCUCAUCAGGUAACCAAUUUUCAUUUCCAUAGCUCUUCCACCCCUACCCUUUCGGAUAUUGUGCCGGAAAUCUGGACAAAGAAGGUCCAAGGGCUGAUUGAAUCAGCCCUAGCAUCUCAACAUGCCUCCUUUAGGCAAGAGAUAGAGCAAAUGGUAGCCAAGUACACCAAGCUUAUAGAGAAAUCUGAAGAGAAGCACAACACAGAUCUCAAAGAAAUAAGCAAAUCAGUGCACAAGACUCUGGAGAUUAUCUCUCUACUAAGUAACACUAUGAGCAACACGAUGGAAAUAUAUGCCUCUGACAGUCAACUUCGAUUCAAAGAGUUCAACAAAGUCAAAGAGCAAAUAGCGAGUGUCACAGUUAGUCUACAAAAACAGAUGUCCCUUCUCCAAAUGGACAUCAGAUCAGCCCUAGCAGUAGCUUCUGCAAAUCAGGUAGUGACCAAAGACUACUUGAAGGUGAUCAUUGACAAUCAAAAGGAAGCAUACAAGCUGUUUAGACUUAUUGGCGCAAAUUCUGGGAACCGCAAGAUGGAAGUAAUUCUCCAACAACACAGCCCAUCUCCAAUACCACAGCUCCCUAUUGCAGUCAAAGAAGGAGAAGCAUCUUAUAUCCCUUCUCAUCUGAGCAUGACAAAUCUAAUCCUUGAAGCACAGCAAAGAAAUCCAGAAAACUCAGCACAGCAUCUAUCCAGCUCAGGACUGGAUGGAACAGAAUUUAUAGGUACAGUUGUUGACCACUUCUCAAAUGAUGCUCAAUCAGAAGAGAGACGUGAAAAUUUAAGGCGCAUCAAAGAACUGUGUGGGAACAUGAAGGGCAUGAGUGAGGUUGCCGGAUCUUCAAAACGCAAGAAGAAUUGAAGGUUCUUUUCAUCAAACCAGGGGGAAAGUAUGUGAAAACACUAAUUUGCUUUGAUGAAAACACCUUCCUGUUUAAACAUUGCUUGAUUGGUUUAAACAGUUAAACAUUGCUUCAACAAUUUUCUUAAUUGUGCUUAUUAUGCUUGAUUAUGCUUUAUCUCAAGUAUGAUUUUGAGAAUUUGUUUUCUGAAGCGCAUACAUUCAGGGGGAAUGAAAUUCAGGGGGAACU